GUUCAUGAAGAUUGCUAGUAUACUUCAGAGGGAAUAAAACUUAGCAUUAAGAAUUCAUGGAACAGAUUCUGAAAAUGGAAUGGGGAGGAGAGUAUUCUCUAGAUUCUUCCAAUUUAGACUGUUUGUUGGAUGUCCUUCCUACAGAACUGGAGUUUCACCAAAUCCUUAGUGAUCUUGAUGAAAAAAUAAAGAAGAACUCUUCUAGCAUAGACCAGUGUCUUAAAGACCUGCAAUCAGAAGUAAAUGAACUAUGUCCUGAUGAAAUACUGCAAAGCACAACUGACUGCCUUCAGUGGCUAAACAACUGCAAUUUUAGUUCUCUCAGACCUUGUCCUACAAACCAUGGAGAGCUGAUGGAGUUCCUUAGGACCCUGCAAAGCUUGCUGAAGAAUGAGCAAAAUCAAGAAGAAAUGAUACUUCACUUCCUUCUGGAUCUCUCUAGUCAGUGUGGUGUCUCAUUUCCGUGUACUCCAAGUGGGAAGUCUUUUGAGUUAACUUCUUCCCUUCAUGCCAUUGAGGAGGAUUCAGCUAUGGAUGUGAAAUCUCUCUGGGAUGAUGUGAGAUUGCAUCUUCGAAGAUUUUUAGUAAACAGACUGCAUAGUCAAGAAGAAACAGCUACUAAUGCUUUAGAACAGCAAAUGGAGUUUAAAACUCAGUACAUACAGCAACUUCUAUUUCUUUACCCUGAAUCAGAAAUCUUAGCGAAGUAUCAAAAUAUGCAAAAAAGUGUUGUUAGAGAUCUUCUGCAAAACUGUAUUUUGUCUAGCUGUGGUGAAACAAACUUCGAUAAGGUGGUUCAUGGUUACCAAAGUUCCAUACCUACAUUGUGCACAAUGAUAAAAGAAGAUUUGUAUCUGCUAUGUGGAACUAUUGAUCCUUCUUCAUCACUGAAAUUUGUUAAUGAAACUUAUCUGGUUACCAUCACUGAAGAAAUGACAGUUCUUCUUGAAAGACUUUGUGAGCUGCAGUUCAAAGAAAAUGCUCUACAUAUAGUUAAGGCAAACAAGAUUUCAAAGAAGCAUAGAGGAGCAGUUCAUGCUGUGGCCUCCCAAGAAUGCCCCAAAAAAGGAAGGAACUUCUGCUUGACAUUAUAUCAACUCAAAUGUCUUUCUCAACUUAUCAAGCUCUUUUUAUUAAUGGAAGAAAAAAUUAAAGAGCUCUCUGCAGAAAUUCUGUUGGUGCCUUCAUUUACUGAGAGGAAUAAGAAUGCUCAAGGAUUUCUGAAGAAAGCUAGUGGGGAGCUUUUAAUAGGAGAAAGUAGAGCAAAUGAAACCAGUGUGCUUCCUGAACAGUUACUUCAGGUAGAAGAGCCUAUUUUGCUGAAUUUUGGCUGGAGAAAUGCAUUUAAAGACCUUUCUUCUUCUGUGGCUCACUGUAUAACAAUAGCAAUAGAGGAUUUUUCAGCUAAAAUUCUUCAACAUGAGCAGAAAGAAGAGUUUUCAGCUGCAAGCUAUGCAAUGAGUCUUGUAAACAACCAGCAAAUGAGGGAGUCCUGCAGAGCAGUCCAACAGGAGGAGCAACCAAAACGAAUUGCUAAGUUUUGUUCUGACAUCAUGGAAGAACUUGACACAUUACUUCCAUUGGCUCUGGCAUGCAGAGAUGAUUCCCUCCAGGAAAUUAGAGCAAAUUUUGUGGAGGCCUGUAGCAAAGUGGCAACAGCUGUCCUGGCAAGACUGGAGGAGAAGAGCAAAGACGUCCCCUCCAAAGCUCCCCUGCAAGACUUGUAUGCUGCCCUUUCCACAGCAAUAUAUGUCUCUCAGCAUUUUACAGCGUAUAGCAAUUUAAUGAGAGAAACAAGCAAAAAACCCCUGUCCCUCAUGCCUGUCCAACAAUAUCAGGAAUUCAUCAGUGUUCUUCAGUUUCAAGUUACGAACUACUGUGUCAGAGUUUGUGCUACAAGCAUUUUACAGGAUGCUGAGAGCCACCACUGGGAUGACUACAAAGCUUUUUAUGAGGGGGAAAGAUGCUCAUUCUCUGUCCAGAUGUGGCAUUACUUCUGCUGUGCUCUUCAUCAUGAUCUAUGGACUAUUCUACCCCCCAAGACAGCCCAGGAGAUUCUUACAGAUGUACUAGAGGAAUCUUUGUCUAUUCUGUCCUCCAGAUAUUGUCAGGCCUGUCCCAGUUACAAGAGAGCACCACAAAUCAGAAUUGAUAUUGCAGCAAUUUUGAUGUCCACUGAAGAUAUGCUCUGGUCAGUUUGCAGCUCUGUUAAGGAGUUUCUGAAUCCACAUGAAGUCAGAGAUCUCAAGAUCUAUAAAAUACAUAGCCACUGCAAUAGUCUACUGUCUGUGCUAGCUAUUUUAACUUCACCACUGAAGAAUUUGUAUGAGACAUUUCUGGACAAUUCUGAUGAACAUCUUCCUCAAGAUUUUUCAGAAGUCUUUUAUCACCCAUUACACUGGGUAUUUUGUGUACCAGCGUCUUGUUCUUCCUUACUGAAGACUCCAUCAGCCACAGAAAUGGCAGCCCAGGGUCAGCUAAAACUGCUCUUAUCCCAGCCAUACUGCAACUUGAACUUGCUUUUGGAAACAUUGCUACAUCAUGAUUGUCUCUUAGUAAAAAUUUUACUGAGAAGUUCAAGAAAUGAAGUAUUGAAUCGUCAUGAGCAGAGUUCUCUCUUAGAACAGAUGUAUAGUAAAGAGCCUACUCUGAUUGAAACAAUCUUCAGAGUAUUGUCUUACUGCACUUUAUCACCCAAAUCUCUUGGCAUUGCUUUUGAGACCUACAUGGAAAAAGAGCAGUUGUGGAAUUGCUUAUACAAUAUGACAGUUUCCAGUUGUUGUGAGUCGGAGCCAGAAGUUAUCAGAUGCUUGAAGCUGACUUUGAUUAAUUCAGUCAAAGGUAUUGUGAAGCAGAUAAUUUCUUUGAUGCAUUCAUGGGAGGCAACAGAAAACUAUGGAACAUACCAGCACAAGCAAAUAGUGCCUGAAAGUUUACUGAAAACGGUUCCAAAGGAAUGGAAUUAUACUCCUCGGGAAAUGAAGAGAAAAGAAUCUGGGAAAUGCUUCACAAGGCUUGCAGCUCAGGCAGUAUCUAUUGUAAUCAGCAAGUUACCUACAGUGAUUGCAUGUUUGCCUCCCCCAAUUAAGUACUUCUUUUUUCUGGCUGAGAGAAAAAUGUCAAGAAACUUUGCUGAAUUGAAGAAAGCUGGUCUGCUUGUCUGGAACUUGAUUGUAAUUAUAUGUCGAAUAUUUGAGGAUGGAAAUACUGCAGAACUCUUAACAGGUGCAACACUUGACAGAUGGAGCAAAGAAAAACUCAGUUUAAUUCAUGUGUGCUUAGAAAGUCUUAUGGGAAAACAGAAAAGUGGCCCUAAGCAAGUGAUCCAGAAGGUUAUACAAAAUAUUGAACAGCAAAGACCAAACUGGAUUGAAAGCCAGUUGCUGAAGGCAAGAAAAUUGAGCAUGGACAGUGCCUCAGCCACAGUAGGUGCAACGUUAGAGGAAGGAGGUAUUGGGUUCACUGAGCAGAAAAUAAACAUGAUGGUCCUGGAUAUCUGCCACAAACCAGGUGGCAGCGAGUACCUGAGGCAAAUUUAUCACAUCAUCCAGCUCAAUGAGGAAUAUUUGAAGGAGCAACUGUCUUGUGAGAAUUCUUCUGAAGAUGGUGUUACCUCCAGUAAAUGCCUGCCUUUGACACGUAACAGCAGAGAAGAGCAGCCUGUCUUCAACCCUUUCCAGGUGUACAGAGAAUCUUGUGCAAAAGUGUUCAAUCAGUCAACCAUUACUGAAUGGAACUGGGAUUGGUCAAAGUUGCUGCCAAGUUAUUUGGGACUGAAUCAGAUGACCUUCAGGAUGCUGCUGGCACACAGGUGGGAGAUGAAAGAAGGUGCAGAUCUUGAAGAUGAGGAGAAAGUUAUGGUGGAACACUUAAAAAAUGUUUAUUUGACACAAAGCACUCCUACGUCAGAGGAAAAAGAACGAUUACCUUGACAGUCCAAGGGAACUGUUUCCUCUGCCUGAUGAAGGACCCUGACAUGAUCUUGCUAAGGCUGCAAUCUUAGCUGCAGCUAUUCCUGUUCUCAUCACAUCUUCUCACAGAUGCUAUCAUGGACAUAACUCAGACCACCUGAAUAGGAGGAAGGCAGCUUUUUUUCCUAAAGACUUCAGCAGCAUCAUAGAAAACCAUAAUGCUAAAGCUGCUGUAGGUUCUCAUCUGAAACACAGUUUUUCCUCCUCUUGAUUGCUCUUUUUUUUUUAUCAUGUGUAUAAAAUAUCAGACCAUUUCAAAUGAAAAUAGAGACCACUGCAUCUCACAAAUCUCCAAAGAUCUUGUUCCAGCACUGCAUCAACAAAAGGACUGUGAGGCACUGGUGCUUCAGAAAUGCUAAAAGUAUUACUUAAUGAAUAAACCAGACUUUUUCCUCUGAUGCUGAUAUAGUCAUUUCAGAUCAUAAAGAUGCAAUUAAAUGUAAAAACAGUUUUUCUUUGCUUUGUAUUUCAUGUUUGAAGAUUAGUUGUGAUCUUAAGGCUUAAAACGUGGCUACAGGGAUUACCUAUGAUGGCAGGUAUAGUAUUCUGACAAACGAGGCAAACAUACCAAUAAUGUGUUAGUGCAUGGAAGUUGGAGUUCAGAAUAUUCUUUCCUACUUUAUCAAAAUCUAUUGCACAUAACUAUUUUUUUGUAUUUUUUUUUUGUCACAUGAAGUGAAUUUUUUAGGCUGAGAGAGUUGGGGCUGUUCAGCCUGGAGAAGAGAAGGCUGCAUGGAGACCUCAUAGCAGCCUUCCAGUAUCUGAAGGG